GUUCUAGUCUUCGGUACAUUCGGGGAUUGUCACCCGGAAGAGAAAGGACAUCCAAAACACCAAGAACGAUGCAAAAAAUCACCUUCAAAGGACUAACACAACGUGUGAUUGAUAAGAAUGUUGGGAUCUUCAAGACGCGUCCCCAGCGCGUAGAGUUCCACUGUCGAAGUUGGUUCGUACACCAGCUGAGGGGACUUUGCGAUAUAACUGCGCUUCACGGCUACAGCCAGAUAGUGCGCGAUGGAUACAGCAUGUUGGAGCGCUCGGUUUGGUCCUGUGCUGUCGUGGCAUCAACCAUCAGUGCCAUAACGCUUCUCAUGAUAUCGUGGUCGUGGAGUGUGGAAACUCCAACCGUUACGGUAACCGAGUCGACGAACUACCCAACCUGGAACCUUCCCUAUCCCGCCGUGACGGUAUGCAAUUUGAACAAGAUCUCCGCAACGGCCGCCCUAAAUCGCGCCAAAACGAUGCAACGACCGGGAAACAUGACAGCCGCCGAACUGUCGAAUAUGUUUCGAUUGUUUCUGCACGUAACCGGCCUGGGACAGGCUGAUCCAGCUCAGUACCGACUCUUGCACGACAUCAUGCUCAUGAACAAUCUGGAAAUACCACAACUGAUGGGCGAGUUUACGCCUCCAUGUGGAACCAUGCUGGAACGAUGCAUGUGGAAGGGAACCCAGUGGCGCUGUGACAAUCUGUUUCAAGUCGUGAACAGCACGGAAGGGCUAUGCUGUUCGUUUAAUUACUACGGGCUGCUAAAGGACAAUUACCCGAAGAAGAUUACCGUAAGCGUUCCGAAAGACCCGAGACGUGUAAUGGCCAGUGGUUACCAGACGGGUCUUUCGAUUCUGCUUCAACCCUUCUCGGAGGAUUACCACUCGACGGAUGUCGGGUCGUACGGGUUUAAGCUGAUGAUCCACAGCUCGUACGAUUAUCCCGAUAAUGAUGCCGAGAUAAAGAUUGUGCUCGCAGGCACCGAGUCGUUCGUCACGCUCACACCAACCUCAACGUACGCAACCGACGAUGCUCUGUCGUUCGAUCCAUCCGUUCGCAACUGUUACGAGCGCAAUGAACGGGUGUUGAGUGUGCUGCGGCGCUACUCGUACGUUAACUGUAUGGUGGAGUGUAGGGCGGCAAGCAUCUACGCGAAAUGUGGCUGCGUACCGUACCAUCUGCCCAACAACGGAUCCUUACGGAACUGUGAAAUGAAAGAUAUGGAGUGUGUGGUACGGUUAAGGCAUCUCUACCAGACGGCAGUACCGACUUUGAAUGGUUCGGUAGAGCGUAUAUCGUACCGAUCGAUUGCACCACCCUGUGGAUGCUUGCCGGGCUGUGAUAAGGUUCAGUACCCAUCGCAAAUGGUGACGGGCGUGAUGAAUCGUUCGUUCUCCUUUAACGCGCUAUCGUUUUUCAAAGACAUUCAGCUGAAGAAUCAUAGCUUGGUGCACAUUUUCCUUGCCGAUCUGACUGCUACCCACUUUCGGAUGGAUAUUUACCAGGACUCGCUGGGUGUUUUAGCUUCUUUUGGUGGCAUUUUAGGACUUUUUCUUGGUUUCAGUAUUAUAACAGGCCUUGAAGUGCUUUACUACUUUUCAAUUCGUUUGCUGUUUGAUGUGCUAACGAAGAAAAACAGUAACCGUAACGCUUCAAUUCAAAAUCGUGAUUGA